UUGGGGUUGACUCCCGGUUUCGCGCAUGCGUGCGCUGCACAAACCAUUUGGCGGGUUUUUCCCGGCCACUCUGUUCUGCCACCGUCACUGAGAAACUCAGCGGUAGCUUUUAGGAAGCAGGACGUUCUCUCCGGGAAAGCGUCCUCUCGAGAUUUCUGCUCCCUCCAUUCAGGGCGUUUGGGGGCCACCCCUUCAUUUUUUAAAAAACGUAUUUCUCUGUGACCGACGGCCGGGGCCCUCUGACGGUCUGAGGUCUUGCUUGGGCCAGUCACCUCCUGUCACGGUCCGCGGAGGGUGGAAGGAUAAGAGGGCGAGGCGCUCAUCGCUCGCCAGGCCCGUGGGUUUCUUGGGCACAGGUCGGAGCUGGGUGGGUCGGCUCCCCGGCCCCUGGCUUGGGCGACCAUGUCCGCAUCCCCCCAGCAGCUGGCGGAGGAGCUGCAGAUCUUCGGCCUAGACUGCGAGGAGGCUCUAAUUGAGAAAUGUGAGUCCGGCACCCCUUCCCGCCCCGCAGCCGUGUUCCACGCUCUCGCCCGAGUUCUUCGGCGCUUCGAACCGAAAGGGGAGCGCUUCCAAUUUCCCCCUCCCCUGGAGCGGAGUUCUCGGUGGCUGCUUUGGAAAACACCUCUGCUACUACUUGACUAUGAAGUACAGUGUUCACUAUCUUUUCUUUUUCAGUUUCUGAGCAAAAGAUUAUCAAAAGCCCGGCACAGUGCCUGCAAGGACAGUGGCCAUGCGGGAGCUAGAGACAUUGUUUCCAUUCAAGAGCUAAUUGAAGUGGAAGAAGAAGAGGAAAUCCUCUUGAACUCUUACACCACACCCUCAAAGGGUUCUCAGAAGCGAACUAUCUCCACCCCAGAAACCCCCCUAACAAAAAGAAGUGUAUCAACUCGUAGCCCCCAUCAGCUCCUCUCACCAUCAAGUUUCUCUCCAAGUGCUACUCCCUCCCAGAAAUACAACUCAAGAAGUAACCGAGGAGAAGUGGUUACCUCCUUCGGCUCAGCACAGGGAGUAUCUUGGUCUGGGAGAGGAGGAGCUGGAAACAUCAGCCUGAAGGUCUUGGGGUGUCCAGAGGUACUAACAGGGAGCUACAAAUCCAUGUUUCAGAAGCUCCCAGACAUUCGAGAAGUUCUGACAUGUAAGAUAGAAGAACUUGGCAGCGAACUCAAGGAACAUUAUAAGAUUGAAGCUUUCACUCCGUUGCUAGCCCCAGCACAGGAGCCUGUCACUCUGCUGGGCCAGAUUGGCUGUGAUAGCAACGGGAAACUGAACAACAAGUCAGUGAUUCUCGAGGGAGACCGGGAACAUUCCUCGGGUGCUCAAAUCCCAGUGGAUUUAUCUGAGCUUAAGGAAUAUUCUCUGUUUCCCGGACAGGUUGUAAUUAUGGAAGGAAUCAACACCACUGGUAGGAAACUUGUUGCCACCAAACUCUAUGAGGGUGUGCCACUUCCAUUUUAUCAGCCCACUGAAGAGGAUGGAGACUUUGAGCAAAGCAUGGUCCUGGUUGCCUGUGGGCCAUACACCACGUCUGACAGCAUCACGUAUGACCCCCUGCUCGACCUGAUUGCUGUCAUCAACCAUGACCGGCCAGAUGUCUGCAUCCUGUUUGGCCCUUUCCUGGAUGCUAAGCAUGAGCAGGUGGAGAACUGUCUACUGACAAGUCCGUUUGAAGACAUUUUCAAGCAGUGUCUACGUACAAUUAUUGAAGGCACAAGAAGCUCCGGCUCCCACCUUGUCUUUGUCCCAUCGUUGAGAGAUGUGCACCAUGAGCCUGUGUACCCCCAGCCACCUUUCAGCUACUCUGAUCUGUCUCGAGAGGACAAAAAGCAAGUACAGUUUGUGUCCGAGCCCUGCAGCCUGUCCAUAAAUGGAGUGAUCUUUGGCCUGACGUCUACGGAUCUGCUGUUCCACCUGGGGGCCGAGGAGAUCAGUAGUUCUUCUGGAACUUCAGACAGAUUCAGCCGAAUACUCAAGCACAUCCUGACCCAGAGAAGCUACUACCCGCUCUACCCACCCCAAGAAGACAUGGCCAUUGACUAUGAGAUGUUCUAUGUCUACGCACAGCUGCCUGUCACCCCAGAUGUCCUUAUCAUCCCGUCAGAGCUGAGGUACUUCGUGAAGGAUGUCCUCGGCUGUGUCUGUGUGAACCCCGGGCGCCUUACUAAAGGGCAGGUGGGAGGCACCUUCGCCCGACUCUACCUCAGGAGGCCAGCGGUGGACGGAGUGGAGAGGCAGAGUCCGUGCGUUGCUGCGCAGGUCGUCAGGAUCUGAGGCUUCUGUCCUCUGCUGUGUGGGCCCUUAAAGUCUUAGCCAAGAGCCAAGACAUAGCCCUGUGACAAGGUGAACAGUUGGGUAGGAAAGGAGAGAGGAGCCAGCCAGGGAGGGGCAGCUGCAGGGACCAGGCCCAGCAGGGAAGGCUCGUGCAGCCGGGCCUGCCUGUGAGUGGAGCCUCUCCUGGAAGGAGGCUGUUGCCUCUCAGUCCAUGCUCCAGGUACAGAAGUAAGCCAGCUGUGGAUCCCGCCCACUCAGAAAAGGCGAGAAGGCUUUGUGAUUUUCUGCAUGAAUCAAACGCAGAAACAACUUUUGGAGAAAUUAAAUUCUGAGUGUGACUUCUGA